AUGGAAGAAAAUCUUCAUACAAAUGAAAAUGAAAGACGUGAAAUUAGUGCUGAAAAUCUUUCCAACAUUACAUUGAAACCAGAAAAUAAUUUAAAUGACUAUUGUUUCAUAUUGCUUGAUGUUCAAUUGAAAAACCAGGAUUGUCAACUGUUACUUGAAGAUCUUCGAAAAAUAACCAAUGAAAAUAUCUUGGCUUUUGAUAAUAUCGAUUCUAUUCAUCAAUCUUCUCAAAUGAAUUCAAACGCUAAAAUCUUCUUAAUUCUAUCUGGUUCACUUGGACAAAUAUGCAAAACUCAACUGAUCGAAAUUGUUAAUAUUCAAUUUCUUUAUAUCUUUUGUCGUGAUUCGAUUAAACACACUGAAUGGUCACGUGAUCUUCCAAAGAUUCGAGGUGUUUUCAAUGAUAAACAUCAAUUAUUUAUUACGAUAUCUCGUGAUGUCAAAGAAUUUGCUAGGCGAUGGAAAUUCGAUAAUGAAAGUUCUUUUUUAAAAGCAUCUUCAUAUGAUACUCGAUGGUAUCAUUUAUUUAUUAACACUUUAUUAUAUUUACCUUGUACAGAAAAUGAUCGGAAAGCAAUGUUCAAUGAAUGUCGAUCGUAUUAUCAGAAAAAUGCCGGAAUGUUAAACAAAAUUGAUAGAUUAGAAAGAGAAUACACUCCAGAGCGAGCAAUUUACUAUUAUACUGAUGAUAAUUUUCUUUAUCGAAUUCUAAAUUCGGCUUUACGAACUCACAAUAUGGAUAUCAUUUCUAAAUUUUAUCCAUUUAUUCAAGAUUUAAACCAACAAUUAUACGAACGUUAUAGAAAAUAUUGUUUCUAUUUAAAAUGUGAGAACAUCAACUUGUCACCUGUUCGAAUAGUUUAUCGAGGUCAAUAUCUCAGUCCUUUGGAAUUGGAACAAUUACGAGAUCUUUGUCGAUCACGACGCUCACAUGUUUUACUUAGUAUGUUUGGUUCAGCUACACUUGAUCCUGACAUUGCCAUGAAUUUCAUCCCAAGUGACCAUUCGCAAAAUAUUUCGUGCUUUUUCCAAAUUCUUAUUCCGGAUUAUUAUUAUAAUUGCAAUAAAAUUUCGACAUUGGCCUAUCCUUUUCAAAUGCUUUUAGAUGUUUCCAAUCUUUCUGCAAUGCCUGAAGAACAAGAAGUUCUUUUCUCGGUAAUGAGUCGAUUUCGUGUUGAUUAUGUUGGUGAUUCAGCUGCAGAACGUCCGUGGAUUCCUAUUAUUUUAGAAUUUUGUUGUGAUGAUCAAGAGUUUGAUCCUCAUUGGCAUCAAAUUAGAGGUAUCGUUAGUCGUGAAAGCGAUGAAAUGAAACAGGAAUUAUUCGAACUGGUCAAGAAAUAUCAAAACAAAACAAUCAAUUGGGAUGUUUGGUGGCAACAACUAGCUGAUCAAUGUGGAGCACGAAGAAGAGAUUCAAUUGAAUUACGUAAAAACGAUUUCGAAAAGAAUUCCGAAUGGAAGAAACUUUCUGAUCAUGAACGAGCUGAUCUGGUUUUCAAUGAAAUAAAAUAUGGUAAACCCACACGAGUUAUUGCUUUAUAUGAAUUCUUUUUUCAAAAUAUGAAUUUGUCUCAAUUGAAUACUGACAAACUCAUUGAAGUAUUCAGAUGUGCUGGUGAUGCUUAUGCAAAAUGUGGAUGUUUUCAGAAAAAUGCUUCGGAAUCUUAUGAAAAAGCUUUGGAAUUUGCUGAAAAUCAUUCUUAUGACAAAAUCAUUUCGGAAUUACGAAAUCAAAUUCAAAAAUUAUCAUUCGAUCAGCAACCUAUUCGUUCUAAAAGACGAAAGCAAAUCCCUCGAAAUGAAACAAAGAAUUCUCCGUCAGAUCAAAACUCAUCAAUACAAACAUCACAAUAUGAAACCGAACAUUUGCAAUGGUUUAUUUUCUGGCAAUGGUACAAAAUUCUACCUAAUAUAGACGAAAACAAAAAAUGCAAAGUUCGUUUGGAAUAUCUUAGGUAUUUUCUUAAAAGAAAAGAAGAAUGGUUGGACAGUAGUGAUUUAAGAAUCUUUUUCAAUUUACCUUUUCAAAGAAAUCAGAAUAUUGAGUUGCCAGAAAACAUUUAUCCAUUCUUUUAUUCAUCCAUACGUUCAUAUUUCCAUGGAAAUACAAUACUUUUCAAAAAUCGUCUCUUGAAUAAAUGGUUUUAUGAAAAAUUUAUCAAUGAUUGGUUGACUUUAAAUGAUCUCAAAAGAAUAAUAACAGUGAAUUCUUUUAAGGAACAUGAUAUUGUCACUUCUAUAUUAAUUCUACUCGAACGAAUUCUUCAAAAAUUAUCUUUAAUUAUUACAGUGCUUACUUUCAUAAUCAUAGUUUCAUCUACAAAUGAUACAUAUCAUUUAAACAUUGAUGUAAAUCAAAUUAGAUUCCAAACUGAUGCAUGUAUUCAUCCGAAAAGACUUGUUUUCUUUGACAUUAAAGACUGA